AUGAACUUUGUGGAGGAUUUCGCGUCUCUGAACCUCGGUCCGGGCGGUGGUCCCGGUGGGGAGGCUGGAAUGGAUCCCGCGACGUUUCCUCGACCGGGCGACGACGAAGCGCGUCCGAACUUGGAGCUUUCGUGCGAUCCCAAGUACAUGCGUCUGACGUGCGGGGCGCUGCCGUCGAGCCCGAGCUUGAAGACGAGGUUCGCCAUGCCGCUGGGAUGCAUCGUCCAGCCGCUCAGACCUGGAGAUGAGACGACGGUGAAGACGGCGCAUUUCGGGAGCUCGGGUAUCGUGCGAUGCCGCAGAUGUCGAACUUACAUAAACCCUUUCGUGCAAUUCACAGACGGCGGGCGGCGAUUUAGGUGCAACGUGUGCGCGCUGCCCAACGAAGUGCCGGUGGAUUACUUUUGCACGCUCGACGCGAACGGGGUGCGUCGAGACAUCGCCGAGCGCCCUGAGUUGAACAGUGGAACGGUUGAAUUUUUAGCGAGCCAAGAGUACAUGGUGCGACCGCCGAUGCCGCCGUCCUACUUCUUCGCCUUGGACGUGUCGCACACGGCGGUGAAUAGCGGCUUUUUGAAACAAACGGUGGAGGUGAUUCGGGACUCCCUCGACGUCAUGUCGAAGAAGAGCGAGCGCACGCGGGUCGGAUUCUUGACGUACGAUUCGACGUUACACUUUUAUAGCCUGAAGGCGAAUCAGUCUCAGCCGCAAAUGAUGGUAGUCGCCGAGCUCGACGACCCGUUUUGUCCGAUGCCAGACGACUUGCUGGUGAAUCUCGCCGAGUCGCGCGCGGUGAUUGAUGCAUUUUUAGACAUGGUGUGCGAUACGUACGCGCAGACGCAAAACAUGGAAAGUGCCAUGGGCCCGGCGAUUCAAGCCGCGUUCUUAGCUAUGUCUCACAUCGGUGGUAAGCUUCUCGUGUUCCAAUCCUGCCUGCCCACGCUCGGCGCGGGACGCAUGAUCAACCGCGACGACACGCGAGCGAGCACGGAUAGCACGAAGGAACACCUGCUUCGCGGCCCGGUCGAUGGUUUCUUCAAGAAGACCUCGGCAGAGUGCUCACGACAUCAGAUUUGUAUCGAUUUGUACACCAUCGCGGCGCCGUUCUCUGAUUUGGCCUCCAUGGCGGUGUUGUGCAAGUUCACCGGAGGCGAGUUGCGACAUUACCCCGGUUUUACGCCGGACAAGGAUGGGGUAAAGUACGCAAAGGAGCUGAAAAAUAAUCUCACGCGCUUCACCGCGUGGGAAGCCGUGUGUCGGGUGCGAUGCAGUCGAGGAUUUAGAAUCUGCGCCUUCAACGGGCACUUCUUCAUUCGAUCGAUGGACUUGCUCGCGCUCCCGGCGACGGAUGGCGACAAGGCGUACGGCGUGCACAUCGCGCACGACGAAGUGGUUCCGAGCACGAACAUUUCGUACUUGCAGUGUGCGCUACUGUACACCUCCGCAGAAGGAGAACGCAGAAUCCGAGUGCACACGAUGGCGGUUCCGGUGGUGACAGACAUAGCAGAGAUGUACCGCGCCGUGGACUGCGGCGCCAUGGGCGCGUUCAUGGCGCGUUUGGGCGCCGAGCGCACGCUCACGGUGCGAUUGCAAGAUGCGCGCGAGGCGGUGAUGACCAAGGUUGUCGCCACGUUGCGUGAGUUCAAGUUGCUCAACACGCAAGCGUCGAGAGCGUUCAAUAGGCUCAUCUUCCCCGAGAGCAUGAAGUUACUUCCGUUGUGGAUCUUCGCCGCGAGCAAGAGCACGGCGAUGCGAGGCGGCCCGCGAGACGUCCCCGUCGACGCGCGGAUCGCCGCUGUGUACGACUUCAUGUCUGCCUCGACGGAAGAAAUCUUAAAGCUGCUGUAUCCCACGAUGCACGCCUUGCACACGAUGCCCGAGGAAGCGGGUACGAAGGACGAAUACGGCAGAGUGAUUUUGCCGCCGCGCACCGUCCUCGCGGGCGAGCGCAUCGACGCUCGCGGCGCCUACCUCGUCGACGACGGUCGUCGCCUGCUUUUAUGGCUCGGAAAGAUGCUCGACCCACAGUUCGUCGCCGCUUUGUUCGGCCCUAGCGGUCCUCCGAGCGCGGAUGUGGACUGCAACCUCCCUCAUCUGGACACCGACGUCUCGCGUCGCGCGCGCGCCGUCGUCGACGACAUACGCGCCGAGGCGUCCCGCGCGCGUCAUCUCGCCCUCACCGUCGUCAUCCAAGGCCAUCCGAGUGAGACGCAAUUAUUCCCUUACCUCAUCGAAGAUCGAGGCGCGGCCAACGUGCCCGGCGCGUCGUCCUACGGCGAGUUCCUAGUGCAGCUUCACAGGCAAGUCUCCGCCGCGCAGCGGUGA